GCAGUCGUCGAUCCGCAGUGCCGAGAGAAUAAUAGUCGCGCGCGACAACAAUGACGGAAGUCCGUCAAAACAAUGCGAACGGCACUUGGCAGCGUCGUUGUGAUUCCGCAGCUGAGUGACAGGUCACGAUUAUCAUCAUCAUCAUCAUCGUUCGAGCGUGUGAGUUCACAAGGAGGUGGGGGAACUUCGAAAAUUUUGGAGCACUACUGUUAUUCAGCACCACUACUCGUCGACUUGACUAGUGGUGUUCUGCGCGGCGCCGAGGACAUAAUUAUUGGGGCGAACGGGAGACGGAGAAAGGCGGACUACUCGAGGUUAAAGCAAACCAGUAAGAUGAGCAUUUUUUCGGUUUACCCUCGAAUUGACUGGGCCCCUGCAAGCUUAUACGCUCCAGCGCGAUCAGAUACUGAAACAGCAAGACGACGACUCACGAACCGACAAAACCUACUCGCGACUAACUUGUAAGAUGGCAUUGAACAAGCUCGUUUACUGGUAUCAGAAAAAAAUUGGAACUUACGACAGACAAGAAUGGGAAGAUACAGUAGAGCAAAAAAUAUUUUGUGGGCUGACUCAUGUACCUAUGAGAGCAGCCAAACUUAAAACUGAAUUGAUUGAUGUUGAUCUAGUAAGAGGUUCAUCCUUUCCAAAAGCUAAGCCCAAACAUGGACUUGGAACAGUGGUUUAUCUUGCAAUCCAAAGGCUAUUAUUUUUACCCUAUCAUGCUCAAUGGUGGAUUCAUCAAACUAGUUUUCGCAUUUACAUUUUAUUUAUACUUCUUUAUGGCCUGCAAAUGCUUAAUCUCUACAUAUUCUUCAACUACUUUCCUAAGGAAAAUGAAUCUGAUAUUAUUACAAUAUCAGAGGUGAUAACCCCUGCAGUAAUGAUGCUUAUAUUAUGUUUGGUACAUUCACAGAUUGUAUCGACAAACUCUGGUCCAAUAUUAAGUAUUAAGUAUGAUAGACAACGAAUACGACGCUCUAGACAAGAUCGAUCGCGGCUUAACAAGACAAGAGCAAGAAGAAACAUUCGCAGUGAUAAUGAAGAUGCAAAAACUUGUCAAGAUGCAACUGCAGACACUAACAGUAAAGUAGAUUGUGAAGCAUCCCCCUCAGUGAGAUUCACUAAUAAAGUAAUAAUUGAUAAACAAACAAUAAUAUUGGAUACCAAAUCUACAAUUAAAGAUUCCCGUGAACCUUUAAGUAACAGUAGAAAAACUCAAUUAGCUAAUUCUAAAUCUAUUAUUCAAAUUCAAAGUGUAGAUAUAAAAGAUCAUUUAGCACCAGAAAUUUCCAUAAUUAACACUGAUUUGCAUCCUAGUGAAGAAGAUAAUUGUGAUAGUCCAGGUAGUGGAAAUCCUUCAAUCCAAAGUUCAAAAAGUGAUAAGAAAGAGUGUGAAAGUGAAGAGGAAGGAGAGUGUGAAGAAGCAAUUACGAAUCAUUUAUUGGAAGCAACAUCCUCAGCAACUGAGUGGAUGGGGGUUACAACAAAUAGUGAUGAAUGUAGUUAUAGCUCUGAAUUUGAAGAGUCUGAUUGUCAAACUGAGGCUAAUAUGAAUCAUGAAGAAUAUAUGGAAAGUCCAUUUGCAUGGGAAUUUGAACUUCCACAAUCAAUGUUUUUAAGUUCAGGCUCUGCUUCAGCAGAUCGAGUGUCGUGCACAAUAUGGACUUCUCGUGAUAUUAAAAAAGCUGAGCUUUCAGCACUUGAUAUAAGCUCGGCAAUAAUCGAAAGGGUAGAGUCUAUGCCAGAAAGUAUAGAUUAUUUUUAUGCUGGAUUGGUACUUGCUGUUGUGCUGUCUUUGGUGCCUUCUUUGAGACGUGUGAGUGAUCAUCUUGGAAUAGAUCCCAUGAACAAUACUGCUAGUUCCUUGAAGCCUAGUGAAUUAUCUCUGGCCAAUUCUGAAACAAUUGUAGAUCUAAUUUGUAAAUUAAUCAACGUGGCUUUUGGGUCAUCUCUUUUAGAACGAAUAUUGAUUCUCUCUUCAGCUUUGGAAAGACUUGUUUUGGCAUCUUUGUUAUUCUUUUUAUUGGCAGUUGCCGAACGAACGUAUAAGCAACGAUUGCUUUACGCAAAAUUAUUUUCGCAUUUAACAUCUUCGAGACGAGCAAGAAAAUCCAAUCUACCUCAUUUUCGUUUGAACAAAGUUAGAAAUAUUAAAACAUGGUUAAGUGUUAGAUCAUAUUUGAAGAGGAGAGGUCCACAGAGAUCCGUUGACGUCAUUGUAUCAUCGGUUUUUAUCAUUACAUUAGCCUUAUUAUCAUUUGUUUCUUUGGAAUUGAUAAAGGAUCUCAAUAGUUUGCAUUCUCAUUACAAUAUUGAGGCCUUAUUUUGGAGCUUUGCCCUUGGUAUAUUUAUACUAAGAUUUAUGACACUUGGAACAAAAAUUAAUAAAAAAUAUAGAAAUAUUUCUGUAUUGAUUACAGAGCAGAUAAAUCUUUAUUUGCAAAUUGAACAAAAGCCUCACAAAAAGGAGGAACUAAUGAUUGCUAAUAGUGUUUUAAAAUUAGCAGCAGAUUUGAUAAAGGAGCUUGAAAGUCCAUUUAAAAUUUCCGGCUUAUCAGCGAAUCCAUAUUUAUAUACAAUAACGAAAGUUAUACUUUUAUCUGCAUUAUCUGGAGUUCUUUCAGAAUUACUUGGAUUCAAAUUGAAGCUUCAUAAAAUUAAGAUAAAGUAAAUUGUUACUUUUUCUGCUAUUGCUACAAAAGGCAUACAGGUAAGGAUUUGGAAAUACCUAUUAGAAAAUACCUACGGCAAUAAAUCAAUAAAAUUACAGAGAAUAUUUUCUUAGAAAAUUACACACGAAUUUUCGCAAAAUUUGACAUCUAAUAUGUGUAUAGAUUAUAUUCUAAAAAUCCAUUUCUAAAAGGGAGAUUGCGAUAGUAUCGAAUGGAAGCUCUUACAGAGCCAAUUCAGACCGUUAUCAAAAAAUUGCAUUGGUGGGUACAGUGGAAAUAGGGAGAAACUUCAGAGAGUUCAACAACAAUAAAAUUAACGCGGGCGGCACGCGUCAUCACCAAUUUCUAUAGUAGAUUAUAAAUAGCAUGACCACUUUGUAAUUUAUUAGAAUCCUUAUAAAUCAAUUAAAAUCUCAAUGAUACUUAUUUUAUAAUGUAUUGAUGACUACCUCUACUGAUAAUAUCUGAAAUAAAUAUUUUCAUUACAUAUAAUAUAUUAGGUACAAUAUAGCUAAUUUAAUAGUAAAAUAUUAUUAAAACUGUUAAAAUAUCUAAAAUGAAACAUUAAUAGCAAUUCAAAAAGUUAUUUACUACGAAUUUGAUACCCCAAGAAACUAGUCAUGUUAUUAAUAAAAUUGAUAGUAACGAUUUCAGAACAAUUUACCUUUAAUUAUGAUACAUAGUUUUACUUGAAAUCAUGAAAUGAAAAUCUUUUCGAAAAUUUUGAUUAAUAAAUAUACUAAAUUAUAGUUGCCAUCGGGACUAUAGUGCGCCUCUUGAGAUAUAAAUAUUUAUGUAAUUUGUUAAAAGUUUAUCUUGAAAAUGAAUGACGAAUGCAUUAUUGUUACAUGUAUUCGAAUGAAUUGUGUUUAUUAUAAUGUACAUACAUACUUGUUUGAAAGGUGAACUUGUUGAUUCAAACUAGAACUCAUAGACUUUAUGUAAAGAAAACGCGUUUGUCUGUAUAAAUGUAUAAAUUGUAAAAUAAUAUUAGUUUAUAUAAAUGGUUAUUUAUAUAAACAUAUAUUUAUAUUCUUUAAAUAGAUAGAUAUUUUCAUUUACCAUUUUAGUCUCUGAAAGAAUUACAAAUAUAAUAAAUAAUUUUAAUUUUAUAUAAGUUUUGCAUUUUAUAUCUGUACAUUUCAGUGUUUAGAAUCAAUAAAAAAUACAACAAUGUUAGUUACAAUAUGUAAACUUAAA